AUCAUCCGGGGUAUUUCGCGUACUGUUGUAGUCGCUGCUGAACACGUAGUUUACUCUUUAGUUCGUUUUCCUGGCGUAUUCUUCGCUUUUCUUCUCGAUUUAAACAUCAUGAAGGGUCUCACGAUGAAGAGUUUGAGAAAUCACCCGUCUUUGAUGCCUCUUUUUGCUAGUGUUGGAUUUGGCUGUAUAUUGGCUGGUGCUUAUCUAUACAGGCUAGCUGUUAAAAGCCCAGAAGUAAGCUGGGACAGGAAGAAUAACCCAUACCCUUGGGAGAAGAUUAAUGCCAGAUAUCAGUACAAGUUCUUCAAGACUCGCGAAUACGAGAAGGAGGAGAACCCGCGUCCAGAGUACUAAGAUGGAGGAGGAGAACCCGCGUCCAGAGUACUAAGAUGGAGGAGGAGAACCCGCGUCCAGAGUACUAAGAUGGUUGCUAACGGUCACACCAGUGUCAAGUCCUGACGUCUUAUCACAAUGUUACAACGGACGCACAAAUUGUAUAGUAAAGCGUCUGUUCAACCCUUUCUUAACCCGCAUGGCAGUAGUGUUGACGAUUUGCACUCUGCAACCUCUAACGAGCAACGCUGCAAACGUUCGCUUGUUGUUCACGUCUCGUUUGGAAAUUUACAGAAGUUUUUUUAGCAGAUUGUCAUGUGUAAUAAUUCUGUGCUGCUGUUGUGAUAUAAAAUGUUUAGUGUAAACUAGAUCUAUAUAAUCAAUUCUCAUAGUUCUCGUGAACUUAUGAAGUGAUUUAGAAAUUUCUACUGUUUAAUUUGUUGCUAUGCAUAGCUAAUGCAUGUAUACUGUAGCAGGCACAAGUACAUUUACUGCAAUGGGCAAAUUGCGUUUUAAGAUCUAUGCAGAAGGGCAGUGUAUGUACCUGUAUGUACUCUUGCAUGUAUACUUUAAUUUUACGGGUGAAAACCCCUGGAUGACUUAAUAGUCAGUCAUUCACUGUAGAUGUUUUUUAGCCUUUGGAAGAAGUUUGAUUAAAUGGGGGGUUUUGAAUAUUAUAUUAUUUACGUAGUUGUACAAGCACUAAACAUUUCAAACUGGUGUAGAAUAUAAUGAUAUGGGAGUGUUAAAACAA